GUAAAUUCCUCACCUUUUCUCCCGAUAUUCUUAGAAAAACUUUUCGUUUCCCGCAUCACCUUUAUUUUUUCUCUCGAUUGUUUACACUUGUUGGUUUUAAGCUAUCCGUUUCUUUCACACUAUCCUAUUUCAGUUUCUUACUUUCCAAGAAAGAAGAGUCCGAUCGCAGUUUUGCUUUCUCAGGAAACAAAAACAAAAAACUUUCUUAGGAAACAGAGAAAAUAAAACCGAAAUGGCGGGGAACGAAUGGAUAAAUGGGUAUUUGGAGGCGAUUCUUGACAGCCAAGCUCAGGGGAUUGAAGAACAGCAGCAGAAACCUCAGGCGGCCGUGAAUCUUAGAGACGGAGAAGGACAGUAUUUCAACCCGACUAAAUAUUUCGUGGAGGAAGUCGUGACCGGAGUCGAUGAAACCGAUCUUCACCGGACUUGGCUCAAAGUAGUCGCCACUCGCAAUUCCCGUGAACGCAACUCUCGCUUAGAGAACAUGUGCUGGAGAAUCUGGCACCUCACCCGCAAGAAGAAGCAGUUAGAAUGGGAGGAUUCGCAGCGAAUAGCGAACAGGAGAAUGGAACGGGAACAAGGAAGAAGAGACGCGACAGAGGAUUUGUCUGAGGAUUUAUCAGAAGGAGAGAAAGGAGACGGCGUUGGAGAGAUUGUUCAACCGGAGACACCUAGACGACAGCUGCAACGCAAUUCAUCCAAUGUCGAAAUCUGGUCUGAUGAUAAAAAGGAGAAUCGUCUUUACGUUGUCCUCAUCAGUUUGCACGGGUUGGUUCGUGGGGAAAACAUGGAGCUUGGUAGCGAUUCCGAUACCGGAGGACAGGUGAAAUAUGUUGUGGAGCUAGCUCGAGCUUUAGCGAGAAUGCCCGGAGUGUACCGAGUAGAUCUGUUUACUCGCCAGAUAUGCUCAUCAGAAGUUGAUUGGAGCUACGCAGAGCCGACGGAGAUGCUAACCGCUGCGUCCGCUGAAGAUUGCGAUGGAGAUGAGACCGGAGAAAGCAGUGGAGCUUAUAUCAUUAGGAUACCCUUUGGUCCGCGGGAUAAGUACUUAAGAAAAGAGAUUCUCUGGCCUUACAUCCAAGAGUUUGUUGAUGGAGCCUUAGCUCACAUUCUAAACAUGUCUAAAGUUUUGGGAGAACAGAUUGGGAACGGGAAGCCCGUGUGGCCAUAUGUGAUCCACGGGCAUUACGCGGAUGCAGGGGAUAGCGCCGCUCUGCUUUCUGGUGCCUUGAACGUUCCUAUGGUCUUGACGGGUCAUUCUCUUGGAAGAAACAAGCUUGAGCAGCUCUUGAAACAGGGGAGGCAAUCAAAGGAGGAUAUAAAUUCCACGUAUAAGAUCAAGAGGAGGAUUGAAGCCGAAGAGCUUUCUCUGGAUGCUGCAGAGCUUGUUAUAACCAGCACCAGGCAGGAGAUUGAUGAGCAGUGGGGGCUUUAUGAUGGGUUCGAUGUUAAGCUAGAGAAAGUCUUGAGAGCUCGUGCUAGACGCGGUGUUAAUUGUCACGGAAGGUACAUGCCAAGAAUGGCGGUUAUUCCUCCGGGAAUGGAUUUCACAAACGUUGUGGUUCAAGAAGAUACACCUGAGGGCGAUGGAGAAUUAGCUGCCUUAGUAGGAGGAACCGAGGGAUCUUCUCCUAAAGCGGUUCCAACUAUAUGGUCUGAAGUUAUGAGAUUUUUCGCAAAUCCUCACAAACCGAUGAUCUUGGCAUUAUCUAGACCAGACCCAAAGAAGAAUCUAACCACUCUUUUGAAAGCCUUUGGAGAAUGUCGUCAUCUACGGGAGCUAGCUAAUCUCACUUUGAUUAUGGGAAAUAGAGAUGAUAUAGAUGAGAUGUCAUCUGGAAACGCAAGCGUUCUUACAACUGUCUUGAAACUCAUUGAUAAGUACGAUCUUUACGGGUCUGUUGCGUAUCCUAAGCAUCAUAAGCAGUCUGAUGUUCCUGACAUAUACCGACUUGCUGCAAAUACAAAGGGUGUUUUCAUAAACCCAGCUUUGGUUGAGCCUUUUGGCCUUACACUCAUUGAGGCUGCGGCUCACGGACUUCCGAUGGUUGCAACAAAGAAUGGAGGACCGGUCGAUAUACAUAGCGCAUUACACAACGGUUUGCUUGUGGAUCCACAUGAUCAAGAAGCGAUAGCCAACGCGUUGUUGAAGCUGGUAUCGGAGAAGAAUCUGUGGACAGAGUGCAGGAUUAACGGUUGGAAGAAUAUUCACCUGUUUUCAUGGCCAGAGCAUUGCCGGACUUACCUAACACGUGUAGCUGCAUGCCGUAUGAGACAUCCGCAGUGGCAGACGGAUGCAGACGAGAUGGCGGCUCAAGACGAUGAUUUUUCACUCAACGACUCACUUAAAGACGUCCAAGACAUGUCUCUGCGACUAUCCAUGGAUGGAGACAAACCGUCGUGGAACGGGUCUCUUGACCCAAAUGCUGCUGAUCCAGUUAAGCAAAUCAUGAGCCGGAUGAGGAAACCAGAGAUUAAGACUAAACCGGAAUUACAGGGGAAGAAGCAAGUUGAUAGCUUGGGGAGCAAGUACCCAGUGUUGAGGCGACGGGAACGGCUGAUAGUUUUAGCGGUUGAUUGCUACGACGGCGAAGGAGCGCCAGAUGAGAAAUCAAUGGUUCCGAUGAUUCAGAAUAUCAUCAAAGCCGUGCGAUCAGAUCCUCAGUUGGCUAAGAACUGUGGAUUCGCAAUAUCCACUUCAAUGCCGCUUGAUGAGUUGACUCGCUUCUUGAAGUCUACCAAGAUUCAGGUGAGCGAGUUCGAUACGUUGAUAUGCAGCAGCGGGAGCGAAGUGUACUACCCAGGAGUGGAAGACGGGAAGCUUCUUCCGGAUUCUGACUAUGCCUCGCAUAUCGAUUACCGGUGGGGCAAUGAAGGGCUUAAGAACACUGUGUGGAAACUGAUGUACACAACCGCCGUUGGUGGAGAAGCUAGGAACAAGGGCUCUCCGAGUCUUAUCCAGGAGGAUCAGCCAUCGAGCAAUGCGCAUUGCGUUGCGUAUUCGAUCAAAGAUCGUUCCAAGGUGAUGAAAAUUGAUGACUUGCGUCAGAAGUUACGUCUAAGAGGUCUUCGUUGCCAUCCGAUGUACUGUCGGAACUCAACAAGAUUGCAGAUUGUUCCUCUUCUUGCUUCUCGAUCUCAAGCUCUUAGAUACUUGUUCGUGAGGUGGAGGCUGAACGUGGCGAACAUGUAUGUGGUGGUCGGAGAACGUGGCGAUACGGACUAUGAGGAACUGAUCUCCGGCACACACAAGACGGUGAUCGUCAAAGGGCUCGUCACCUUGGGCUCUGAUGCUCUUCUCCGCUCAACGGACCUUCGAGACGACAUCGUUCCAUCAGAGAGCCCUUUUAUUGGUUUUCUCAAGGUUGACUCCCCGGUUAACGAAAUAACCGACAUUUUGAAGCAGCUGUCCAAAGGCACCGCUUGAUUCAACUUGCAUCAGUCGCCGGUUCGACCUUGUAGAUUGAUAUUGAUACACUUUUGUUAAAUUUUGGUAUUUUGGUCGGUCAGAUAAUAGGAUUUAAUCGGAUUUUUUAAAAUAAAAGUUACAAACAAUGAAGUAAAAGGAAUUACAUAAAAGGAAUCACCAGUUAUCGAGUCAUUGUUAUAAAAAAUGUAUUCGUUUUAAAAGAAAUGAAAAACCAAA